UCAUCCUGAAUGGCUUGUAGAAGCGCACCGCUUCCGGUAAUAUAUUUGGUUCUGUUGUCCCGGGAAACCCGCCUGCUACGGGUACUUAACUUUAGUUCAAACCCUUUUUUUUGGGAAAGGCAUCUGUAUAUUGAAAUAUAUUAGUGACUCAGCCCUGGCGCGCUUAUCUGAUAGAUAAAAAGUAGCGUUAAGUUAAAUGAAUUAACGUUAGCUAGCUUAAGGAGUGGAGGAGUAGCCGCGGUUAAAGCUUAGCCUCACAGUUAGGCGGACGUUAUUUAAAAAUCCAACAUGACCCAACAAGCUGCUGCUCUGCAGACCUACAACAAUGAACUGGUCAAGUGUAUUGAGGACCUGUGCUCCAAGCGGGAGGAGUUGAACCGUCAGAUCAAGCUGGAGGAAGAGGAGAAGGAGCGGCUGCAGCACGACAUCCGCGUCCUCUCGGAGAAGCUGAGCCGAGUCAACGAGAGCCUGGCACAAAGACUUGUCGCCCGCACCACGUUCGACCGCACCAUCGCAGAGACCGAGGCUGCGUACACCAAGAUCUUGGAGAGUUCCCAGUCUCUUCUGAGCGUCCUGAAACAAGAGGCAGGAAACCUCAGUAAAGCCACAGAGCCCCGGAGGAAGGAUCGCUGAUGGCAACAAAAGGUCGCGGAACUCUCCUUUUGACCACAACACCUGACUCUGCACUUUUAACUUAGUUUAUGCUGAAAACUAAAAACAAUUGAAAUACGUUUGAUUUAUUGUAUGAUUGUUAAUCUAAUAAAUGUGUUUCUUAUCACUCCCAUGA